ACUCGAGUCUCGAGUUUAUGUUCUUACGGUUGGUUGUAUAACAAUCGACCACAAAGUUAAAAACUACUAGAUUGUUAAGUAUCUUCCAACCUAUUAUAGGCUUAGGUUCAAGUUCAAAAUUUUUGGAUCUGCCAAAUAGUCAAUGUUAUCUAUCAGAAUAGUUUGUUAUAUUUAUAUGAAAUUAUCAGUAAUGAGUGAUUGCUUUAGGUUGAAGGGGGUUUGGUGAAGAACAAAAGAAGCAAAAACAAUGGCUACCGCAUCACAAAUUGUAGCGAAAUUGAAUCUGAAGCCACAUCCCGAAGGCGGUUUUUACUCUGAAACCUUCAGGGACUACUCCGUACAUCUCUCCAAAUCUCAACUCCCAUCCGAGUACAAAGUUGAUCGAGAGGUCAGUACUUGUAUUUACUUUUUGAUGCCGUCUGGAUGUGUUUCUGCUCUUCAUCGUAUACCAUGUGCUGAGACUUGGCAUUUUUACUUGGGAGAACCUCUCACGGUUCUAGAGUUGAAUGAAAAGGAUGGUCGAGUCAAAUUGACUUGUCUUGGGUCUGAUCUCAUAGGAGAUAAUCAAUUACCUCAGUAUACUGUGCCUCCUAAUGUUUGGUUUGGUGCUUUUCCAACCAAAGAUUUCAAUAUUUCUGCCGAUGGAACUCUGACCAAAGCUGCACCAAGGGACUCUGAGAAUCACUACUCGCUUGUGGGCUGCAGCUGUGCACCUGCUUUCCAGUUUGAGGACUUUGAGUUAGCAAAACGCUCUGAUCUUGUUUCACGUUUUCCCGAUAGUGAAGCAUUUGUCUCGUUGCUGACACCAGGUGCCUGAUUCAACUGAAGAAUACCGUACCCUUUUUCUGGAAAUCAUAGCUUAGAUUCUGAUUAUGGGGAGAUGUGGAUUGUAUGAUGUGAUUUUGGUCUCUGUUUAUUUUAAUAUCACAGUGUAGUUGAAGCUUUCCGUCAGUGGAUUUUGUUCUAUUGGAACCUCUUAUGGCUUACUGAAGAUAAUAAUAAUGAAUAAGGCUCUUUUUUACUA